AGAUUAUAUUAAUGAGUGCUUCGCUUGGGUCACCUUCCCAUGCAUUGUUAGCCACAACAUCGUUAUUGGGAUUGGAUGCAUGGGGAUGAUGACUGGAAUUUCAGUUUUAACUUUUUUACCGACUAUAACUUGGAUUGGAGCUUUGUUUUUUUCUUGUUAUCUAGGUGAACAGGUUAUGCAAGCGAGCAUUGAAGUAGCAGUUGUUGCUUAUGAGCUGGAUUGGUACAAAGAUACCAAGCUAAGGAGGGAUAUUUUAAUGAUGAUUUUAAGGGCGCAAAAGCCCAUCACAUUGGAAUGCGGGAAAUUCGGGGAAUUAUCGAUGGUCACAUUCAAAAAUAUAAUGCAAGGGGCUUAUGCUUAUGCUACAAUGCAAGCAAAUCAUUAAAGUUAUAUAAUUAUU